AUGAGUGUGGGAAAUACCUUCUGGUAUCUUUUCCUUUUUCUCAUCUUGAAUGUGAAGACAAAGCUUUCAGCAUUUCCUACGGAUGAUCCAAGGGGUGCCCAAUAUAUUUCAGCAGUCACACGGGCUAUUGAGAUUUACAAUGAAGAAGACUCAAACACAUCUCUAUUUAAGCUCCUGAAGGUUGAUUCUAAUGUAAACACAACUCCAGCGACAAAUCCAUUGAUUAUCCACUUCAUUCUCAAGGAGACUAUUUGCCUGAAAUCAAAAAACCAAAAGACCCAGGAAUGUCCAUUUAAAUCAGACGGUUUGCUAAAAGUGUGUUCUCUCCACAUCUUUAUGGAGCAAGCAAACAAAGUCAUCUGCGAUACUGUCACCAAACAGCAUUUCCGACAAAGGAGAAGCAUUCCAGUCUCCAAAGUGAAAUGUAGAAAUGAGAAGCAAAGAAGAUGUGUGACUGACAACAAAAAAUAUUUACCUGGAGGAUUCUCACCUAUUAAUAACAUCCAGGUGAAUACUUUGAAGAAUAAAAAUUAUUAA